UGGCUGGACUUAGAUUAUUAUUAUUCACAUACAAAUCACAUCUCUCGUUCACACAAUGCAAUUUUCUACCCUCGCUACCUUUGCUGCUGCUGCCGCCUCUGUUUCGGCGUUCGCUAACUCCACUGUCACUGAUGUGACCUCGACUUUGAUCACAAUCACUUCUUGUGAGUCUGCUGUCACCAACUGCCCAUACACCACUGCCAAUGUUUCAACAUACCACGGUGCUGGUAACAAGCAGUACGCUGCCGGUGCCGUUGCUUUGGCUGCCGGUGCUUUGUUGGCUUUGUAAGCUAUUUGGUUCUAAUUCUUUGUAUAUUAUUGAUUGUUUAUAAAUUUCAUGUUAAUUCUUAUUGUUAUUUGAUUAAAGCUUUGUAAAACUGUUGUCUGCAUGCGGCCGUAUUAAAUGAUGCCUUUUAAAGGUUAAGAGAGUUGAGCAGAAGCGAUUUAGCAACCUUGGGUCACAUUUGGGCAGACAUGUAUUUUGAGAUGACUUGGUUUAUUACUUGUAAUUUCUUGUAUCAUCUUGUGCCACUACUGUCGCGAGUGCAAAAUUUUUAAUUCGUCACAUGUCCAUUGAUUUAACAUAAAUUUCAUCCCACGACGACAAGCA